AUGGAGCCGGUAAAGGUCCUAGAAAAGAUCGAAACGCAUCCGGUCGACUGCCCGGCCACUGACGCUGCCGCAACGGACGACAGCUGCGGGCUGAUUUUCGCCGGCGCGUCGCCCGAGGAGUCUGUCAAAAAGCUGUUCAACCCGCCGCUGAAGGACGGUGAGGAAGAUGCGGAGCCCGGUCGAACGAAGCGGCCCCGCGAGGAAUCCACUCCGGUGAAAGGCAGGAUCAAGUUCGACAGAGCGUCAAUCAGCCGCGUCUGCCCCAACGUGGAGUUCCCGUUCUCACCUAGUGAAAGUGAUUUGCUAUUCAUAGACGAAUCGCUCGAGCUGCUCCGCAGCUGUUUCGACGACCUGCCGGGUUUCAAGUUAAUUAGGGAGAUCGAGGCAACGGGGUCGGAAUAUGGUGAUCCUGAGGAGCGUUUCAUGUUGCUGGUUGACUCUUUUUUUGCGUACAUGGACUCGGAGGAGACUCCGGAGGUGCGGCUCGAGGGCGAAACGGAUUGCACGUCGUCCGAGCAGACGCCUUCGGUGGACGUCGACGUUAACUACGACCGACAGGCGUUUCGUGAGCUGCUGAGGUGUCUGGUCCUGUGGUGCAACUGGGUGUUCCAAAUGCACGAGCACACGAAAGAUGCGCUAUCCAUCGCACAAUCCACGCUGCAGCACAACACGGCGUCGAAGAUCGUCGACACCGCGCUGGGGCUGAAGCAGGCAAAUCGCAACAUGGCGUUCUACUCCAACAUGUGCUCGAGACUGACCGCGGUGCUCCGCGAGAGGGGCGCGAAGUACGACCAGAUCAUAAAGGACACGCUGUGCAAGGUGCACCACGUCCGGUUCAACGUAGGCAGGGUGCAGCAGUCCUCCAACGCGUCGUGGGAGCGCCUGUCGGCGGUGCUGUCGAAGCAAACGACCGCUGAAAACGAGAUCCCGAUGGAUGAUGCCGGCGACGACUACAGGCGCAACAUCAACCUGGUGCGCAACGAGAUGCGUUUGCGCAUGAAGAAGAAGGGCUCCUGCGACUCGCUCACAAAGGCGUGCGACAUGCUUACACAGGAGCUCGCCUCGAUCAAUUCGAAGCGCCAGUCCCUCGUCACCCGCAUGGAGCAGGCGAUGCGGCAGGUGCGCGAGUUGACGACGUCGUAUCGCGCUGACGCGUACGUCGAGUCGCUGAAGCUGACCGACUCGAAGAAGCUACCCACGCUGCUGCACAACUUCCUCUCGCGAAUGCAGCUGCGCGCGAUAGCGACGCCGAAUCGCGAUGUGGUCUUCAAGGUCUUCAGGGAAGGUGACAGGGAAUACGGGCUGCACAUGACGUUCGCCGCGCCGCGGGACGUGCUGAUGCCGAGCGCGGAUGCUGCGUCGAUCGUGUUCCCCCUGAUGUUCCUCGCCACCGUGGACGAGAGGGGCCUGAUCCGUAUUCGUGAGCCCCGGUUCCCGUUCCCGGGUUCUGCGGUGUGCGACAGCACGCCACGCGCAGAUACCACGCCGAGGCGCAUGGAGUGCGUGUCCAUACACAGCGAGUCGAGCAUGUCUACGGGGAGCGACAGCCCUAAGGAGACGAUAAACGUGGACGGCAUGGUGCUGGACACGUUCACGGCGCUGGACAAGGAGCUGCCGCAGCACUUCUGCGAACGUUUGGACUGGUGGUACGACAUCGCGCGUCAGCACGUCUGGAACUGCUACCUGGCCGAUGGUUACAGGCGCGGCAAGUGCAGCUCCAUCAGCAUGCUGCCCCAAGAGCUCAGGAGGAGCCACUCCUCGCAGUACACGUCCAGGAGCAGCGGGUGGAUCCUGUCCAACAAGUGCGCCAGCGUACGAAUGCGCCUGGAGUUCACCGAGGAGCUGGAGCCGAGGUGCACCUUCAGCGAGUUCGAACACUACGAGCCGCUAUACUUGGAGAGCACGUCACCCAUCGUGGACCUCGUGAGGGACCGCUUCACGGACGCAAACGAGGACAAGAUCGCCGAAGUGGGUUAA